CGUUCCAGGCUGAAUUCCUUUGUGGCAAGCGUGACCUCUGGAGUCAGAAUGAGACCAAGCUUUGCUCUCCUGCUUCUUGCUCUGCUGGUUGGUUGCCACACCAGCACUGCAGCAAUCUUUGACCCAGACGGUCUCAACUGCAGAUGUAAUAGAGUCACAUCCGCCUUCAUCCAUCCCUCAAAAUAUGCAUCCAUCAAGAUCACGCUGCCUGGAAUCACUUGCCGAAGGACGGAAAUCAUAAUCAAGUUGAAGAAGACAGAAAAGUUUGUGUGUAUCGAUCCUGAAGCAAAGUGGGUGAAGAAUGUGCUGGCAGCCAUAAAACACAGAAACUCUCCUCAAAAAACGAAGUUUCAAGUGAAGGAAACAGAUGAACAACAGAAAAGCCCCAAAAUGUGAAAUGCAUCUUAUUUAUUUCUGCUUUUGACUCUGUCUGUCUGGGUGGGAGGAACAUCCCUAAUCUUCUUUGAAUCCCCGGCUCUUAAAACCUAACCAAGCUAUGUCUAGGGUUACUGACCUGGACAUCUCCGGGAAUUACAACUGAUCUCCAGACUAUAGAGAUUAUUAUUUCUGGAGCGUUGCUUUAGCGGAUGGACUCCAUGAGGUCCUUCCCUUACCCCCUCCCAACCCCCCUCCCAGCAUUCUGCUAAAACCUGGGUUGUAGUAUCAUCUGGAACCUCCAUGUUCAGAGGCACUCAGCCUUUGAAUCCCAGACCUAGGAGGCAACG